GCUUCAAGUUACUCAGUUUUCAGUCUUCAGUGUUAAUUUCACAUUCACAGACUGAUGAACAUUUAGAAAAAUGUUGUGGCUUAAAUAUACAUUUUCAUUGAUUUGUAUAAUUAUUUUUGUCUCUUGUGGUGAUGCUGGUUGUCCUUUGCAACCAAGUCAAACCCUCAGCAAUGCACCGAGGACACCUGGUGAUGGUGGUUAUCAAAUUUUAACAAGUGGAACAAAUCUAAAAUACAAACCAAAUACAAUUUAUACAAUUAGUAUUCGUAAUAAUGAUAGAAAUAAAAAAUUUACAAGAUUUACAUUAUCUGUUGAUUCCCAACAUACACCAAAUGCUCCAGUUUCAAAAGUUGGCUCAUUGCAACUUUAUCUUGAUGGUUUGGCAACAUUUAAUGAGGACUGUGUUAAUACUGUUUCUGAAUCAAGUGAUUAUCCAAAAUCUGAUAUUGAAAUGAUGUGGAAAUCACCAGAUUCAGGUUCUGGUUGUGUUAUUUUUACUGCAAUGAUUAUGGAAUCACCAUUUACAUGGUACGCUGAAGAUUCUGGUUUAUUUAAAAUUUUUUGUGAAGCAACAAGUGAUGAUUUAACAAAUGAAAAUGAUGGUACUGAUUGUUGUUCAUGUGACGAAGCUAAAUAUUCUCUGAUAAUGGAGGGUAUUUGGUCAAAUGUAACACAUCCAAGAGAUUUUCCAUUCUCAGCAUGGUUAACACAUUUUAGUGAUUUAAUUGGAGCAUCACAUGAAGCUGACUUUUCAUUUUGGGGAGAUGAUCAUAUAUCAACUGAUGGAUUUCGUCAAUUAGCUGAGUGGGGAUCAGCAUCUGGUGUUGAAGCUGAACUUCGAGCAAAUUCAAAACACUUGAGAACACUUGUUAAAGCUGCUGGUUUAUGGUAUCCAAAUGUAAAUACAAAUACAACAACAAGUUUUAGAGUUGAUAAAAAACAUCCAUUAUUAUCAGUUGCAUCAAUGCUUGGACCAUCACCAGAUUGGGUUAUUGGUGUUAGUAAAUUAAAUUUAUGUCAACGUGAUUGUAGCUGGAAAAAAAGUGAAAUUAUUGAUUUAUAUCCUUGGGAUGCUGGUACUGAUAAUGGAAUAAGUUAUAUGUCACCAAAUUCUGAAACAAAACCACGUGAAAAAAUGAAAAAAAUAACAACAUUUUAUCCAGAAGAUCCAAGAUCACCAUUUUAUGAUCCAAGUGGUAAACCAAUGUUACCACUUGCUAGAUUAUAUUUAAAACGUGAAAAAGUUAUUCAACGUAGUUGUGAUGAAUCAUCAUUACAACAACAGCUAACUGAAUUUGAAGUUGCGGAGAAUACUGAAGAUACAAUUAGACCGGAAUGUGCAACAACGGAUUACACAGAAUUCUCAGGUUGUUCAGUGACAUGUGGUAAAGGUUUAAGAAUGCGAACAAGAUCAUACAGAAUGCCAGAUAAAGCUAAAAUGUUUCAGUGUAAUAGACAACUUGUAUCAAAAGAAAUGUGUGUUGCUGAUAUUCCAGAAUGUCCUGAUCAAACAAGUGUUGAUGACAUUGAGGAUAAUUUAACACUUGGUAAUGUGCCUGAUCCAGUUAUUUGUCAAACCACAAAUUGGUCUGAAUGGUCAGAAUGUUCAGAGACUUGUGGUAUUGGUUUUAAAAUGAGAACACGUAAAUUUAAUGAUAAAAUGGGAAGAAAAAAAUGUCCACUUGUUGAAUUAGUUGACAAGGAUAAAUGUAUGGGUCCACCUUGUUCAGAAAAUAAUCAAGAAAUUAUUGAUCCAUCAUGCAAGGUAUCACCAUGGUCAAAUUGGACACCUUGUAGUGCAUCAUGUGGUAAAGGUAUUAAAAUAAGAUCAAGAUUAUUAAUGGUAGAACCAUCAAGACAAGAAGAAUGUUCAUCAAAAGUUGAACUGAUACAACAACGUACAUGUCAUGAUCAAGCUGAUUGUACAUUUGACAUGGCAACAGCUAAAAUUGUUUGUAUGGAAGAUGCUGAUGUUGGUCCAUGCAGAGGCUAUUUUCAACGUUGGGCAUUUGAUUCAAAACGUUUAACAUGUACAUCAUUUAUUUAUGGUGGUUGUCGUGGAAAUAAAAAUAAUUUUUUGACAAAUGAAGAGUGUAGUAAUACUUGUGGUAUUGUUAAAGCUGCCUUAACUGGACAACAGCCUGGUGAGACAGUUACUCAGCCAGCUCCAGUACCAAUUGACUGUGUUUUAUCUGAGUGGUCACCAUGGACACCGUGCAGUGUUACUUGUGGCACUGGACGUGUUACAAGUUUUCGUAUGAUUAAGAGAGAAGCAGAGAAUGGAGGAAAAGCUUGUCCGAAAAAAUUAACUAGACAAUCACGUUGUCAAUUGGCUCCUUGUGAUUAAUUCAAAAUAUAAUUUAAUACCAAAAAAAAAAUAUAUAAUAAUAUUCAUUGGGAUUGCUGAUGAUACUUAAGGCAUUAUACUUUAAUUUUGUAAUUUUUUAUUUUACUUAUUUAAUUUGAGUAUACAAUAAAAAGGCCGAUUUAAAUAUUAA